AUGAGCCAGAACAUAGGGGAAGCUGAAAUCGACAUCGACGUCUCAGAAAACACCAUCAAAAGGCAAUCCACGAAAGAAUCAAAGAAACCAACCGACAAGCCCACGAUCAAGGAUAUCCCAGGCCACCAAUUCCAACCCCACGACCUCUCCACCGCGCCCUCCAUCCCCUCUGACCUCCCCCCAGAACUCUGGACCAUUGUGCAAUCUUGCCCCGCAAACUUUACCCCAGACUUCUUUCUAGACACUAGUCGCAACCUGCUCGAAAACCCCAAUCUCACAGCCUCUUCCUUGUCCCGCGCCGAGCUAUCCUACACCAGCUUCACAGAUGCAACCUUUAACCCAAAGGCAACCACACCGGAAGAUCUGGCCAGUAUAGUGAAACACUUGCGCCCGGAAUGCCGACCACGAUUGGUAGAAGGUGGAAUCCCAGGAUAUGAACUCGAAUGGACGGUGGUUAGGAAAUUGAUACCGCGGAAUCCAAAUCUCGAUGCCACGUUGAUGCAGACAUGUCAUUUAUACAUUUCGCACCGCGACAUCACCAUCAGCUAUCCCACUGGAUCCACCACCACCACUGAGACCGUGAAAGCAGACCGCUACAUGAUAAUCUACAUCCCGCACGCCACCACCCCAGACCAAAUCCCAUACUACCACCCCCAAGUCUCCGCCCUAGCCAUGCUCUACACCUACCUCCCUACCCACACGCCAUCAUCCUCCCUCCUCCCCACCCCAGGCCACCUCUCGAUCCACUACCACCUCUUCCCCGCCCACACCCUCACAACACGACUCUCGCGCACCGCGCUCAAACUCGCCGAAAUCAUCCACAAGCACUCGCGCGGCAACAGCGGCGGCUACCAGAAGCGCGUCCACCACGACCAGAUUGUGCCGCAGAAGCGGUUCCAGGAUACGUAUGCACGGCUCAAGAGAUGCUAUGCGCGGCGCUUGAUUGAAGGCUGGGUCGAGCAGACGCCGGCGGAGAAGCAUGUGUUUGAGGAUCUGGGGAUUGCUGCGUUUUUGAUCGAGGUUUGGGUGGAUAUGUAUGCUGAGCAGUCUGAGCCUAAUUCUCACUCGGCACAGUGCAGGGCCGUAGUAGCAGAGCCAUGCGUUGCUGAAACAAAGCACACGAGUGUCUCUGUCGCUGCUACCAAAUCCGCCGCCGCCAAAGGAAAAGGAGAAGAAGAAGAAGAAGAAGAAGAAGAAGAAGAAGAAGAAGAAGAAGAAGAAGAAGAAGAAGAAGAAGAAGAAGAAGAAGAAGAAGAAGAAGCAAGAAGACAACAAACCCUCAUCGCCUCCGCACAGGCAAACUUCCCAGGCUUCGUAGACAUUGGCUGUGGCAACGGGCUACUCGUCUACCUUCUCAACGCCGAGGGCUGGCACGGCUGGGGCUUCGACGCCCGCAAGAGAAAGACUUGGGAUACCUUUCUUCCUCCUCAUACUACUACAACGGCGCAGGACACGGAGGCAGAUACACCGGGGGCCCAACUCGUCAGGCAAAUGCUUCUUGUCCCGGAGAUCCUUGGUAGUGGGAACGAAGCUUUUGCCGGGAAAGAGGGACAGGCGAAACCAGAGGAAGAAGAUGAAGGACGAGGAGGAAAAGACACCACAAUACCACCCCCAACACCCACCCACAACGGCAUCUUUCCCAAAUCCACAUUCAUCAUCUCCAACCACGCAGACGAACUCACACCCUGGACCCCUCUACUCGCCCACCUCUCCUCCAGCCCCUUCCUCGCCAUCCCUUGCUGCAGCCACGACUUUGGCGGCACGCGGUUCCGCGCCCCGGCUUGGGAACAGUACAUGGGUGCUGACAAGGCUGCGGUGACGGCAACGACAACAACGACGACGACGACGCCCAAACAAAAGAACAAACUCCCAUCUGCAUAUGCCAGUUUAGUGUCUUGGGUGUGUCAUUUGACAGAGGCGGUUGGGUUUGCGGUCGAGAGGGAGUAUUUGCGGAUUCCGUCGACGAGGAAUGUGGCGGUCUUGGGGCGGAGGCGUGUGGAUGGGCAUGGGCAAGGGCAAGGAGGAGAACGAGGUCAGAGACUGGAAGAGAAGAUGGGGUUUGUGAGGGCGUUGGUGGAGAAGGAAAUGGGCAGUAGCACAACGAUUCAGCAAGUCGGGAGCAUGUGGAUGAGGAGCGGUGGAUCAUUGCUCAAGCCAUCCAGGCCAGGCCAUUAA